AUGCCGCUUCCCCGGUUCCUCCGGCGCGUGAUCGACAUCAUCGCGCCGCCGCCCAACAAGUCGAGCGACGGGCGCGACCAGUGGCCGUCGCGCGCGGCCUUCCUGCUGGCCGCGAUGGGCGGGUGUGCGGGGCAGGGCAACCUGCUGCGGUACCCGUCGGUCGUGUACAACAACUACGGACUGCAGUGGUUCAUCCCGUACCUGCUCGCGGUCACGCUCAUCGCCAUCCCGACGCUCAUCCUCGAGAUCGCCAUCGGGCAGGCGUACCGCGGCGGCACGGUCAUCGCGUUCAACAACAUCAACCGCCGGCUCAAGGGCAUCGGCAUGGGCCCUGUGAUUGUCAGCUUCAUCGUCACGCAGUACUUUACCGUCAACCUCGCGUGGAUCAUGAUCUACUUCCGCAACUCGUUCCGCUCCCCCCUGCCGUGGGAGGGGCGCAUCGACGAGUUCUACCACGACGACGUGCUCGCCAACCCCGACCCGAUCCUGGGGUCGCUGUCGGCCAACGGCAAGUCGGUGCUAGCCUACACCAAGUAUCCUGAUCUCAAGCUGCUCGGCGAGACAGUCGGGUGGAGCGCGUUCGUGUGGCUGCUUAUCUGGGUGUCGAUCGUCCGCGGCGUAGGGCUCACAGGCCGCGUGGUAUACUUCACCAUGGGCCUGCCGAUCGUCACGACCAUCAUCUUUGUCGGCCGCUCCCUCAGCCUGCCCAACGCCGGCGCCGGCGUGCGGCUGCUCUGGGCGACGUGGCGCGGCAGCCAGCUGGCCAGCGGCACAGUGUGGCAGACGGCCGUGGGCCAGGUCUUCUUCUCGACCGGCAUCGGAUUCGGCUACUUCACCUCGUAUGCCAGCUACAACCAGAAGCACUCGAACGCCGUCAUGGACGCGGUGCUCAUCUGCGCGAGCAACGUCGUGUUUGAGAACUUUGCGGCGUUCGCAGUGUUCGGCGUAGUGGGCUACCUCCGCCGCUGGCCAACCGACGGCGUGCGCCUUGGCGCCUUUGUCGUCGGCUUCCUCACGCUCCCGCAGGCGGUGCUUGAGAUGCCCGGCGCAAACUUCUGGGCCGUGCUGCUCUUCUUCACGCUCAUCGUGCUGGGCUUCUCGUCGGCGUUCGUCAUGCUCGAUGUGCCGGCCACCGUCAUCGUCGACUCGGGCCUCAAGCUCUCGCGACCCGUCGUCGUGACGGUCCUCACGCUCGUCUCGUUCCUCAUGUGCCUGCCCUACUGCACCCAGUUCGGGUACUACCUGCUUGAUGGCGUCGACCGGUGGAUGAACAACGUCGUCCUCAUCGCCGUCGUGUGGGGCGAGGUCGUGUGCUCCACCACCGUGUACCGCUGGUCCGACGUCGUCGAGCAGGUCGGCAUGCCGUCGUUUAUCGUGUACAAUGUCGGCUUCUUCGGCGGCCAGCUGUUUGGCGUGUCGCUCGCGCACGGCAUCAACAACCCCGGCGCUGGGUGCGGUGCCGGGUUUGGGUUCUAUGCCCUCUGUACCGUCAUCGCGACGAUCAUGGCACGCACGCCCAGCUCGCCAGCCCCGCCACCGUGGAACAGGCCGUACAUCGAGCGCUUCUGGUACCUCGCCUUCUACUCUGGCAACCAGCUCCGCCGCGACCUCAACGUCAUCGUCGGCCAGGGCCGCAACUGGCGCAUCCCCUUCUUCAUGCCCUUCCUCCUGCGCUACGUCUCGUCGCCCGUCCUCGCCAUCAUCUUCUCCUUUGCCUUCCCAGAGUUGCACUCGCUCCGCUACGACCCCAUGAUGAUCGCCGGCUUCAUCAUCUCGAUGCUUACCGUCACUGUCAUGCUGCUGGGCUUCGUCAUGCCUCGCUACUUUGACAUCUUCGUCCCGCCCCACCGCCGCCUCGAGGGUACCGAGAAGACGACGGCCAACGAGCUCAAGCCAGAGCCCACAAUCCACUUUGACGACGACGACCGUGUCAGCACGAGUGGCGACACGGUCAUCAGCGCGGAGCGUGGCGCUGCCACCACCCCGAAGGUCGAGGAAGAGAAGAAGGAAACGUUGCCAUAG